UUAAACUACCAGUCAGAAGGGAGAAUGCUGCAACUGAAUCGGGCCAAAUUUAGUGCCAAUGGGAAUUGUGGCUAUGUCCUCAAACCAGACUGCAUGUGUCAAGGCAUCUUUAAUCCAAAUUCUGAAGAUCCACUGCCUGGUCAGUUGAAGAAACAGCUGAUUCUAAGAAUUAUCAGUGGUCAACAGCUCCCAAAACCACGGGAUUCCAUGCUGGGAGACAGAGGAGAGAUCAUAGAUCCAUUUGUUGAAGUAGAAGUUAUAGGCCUACCUGUUGAUUGCUUCAAAGAACAAACUAGAGUAGUUGAUGAUAAUGGAUUUAACCCAAUGUGGGAAGAAACACUGGUGUUCACACUGCACAUGCCAGAGAUCGCAUUGAUUCGGUUCCUUGUGUGGGACCAUGAUCCAAUUGGGCGGGAUUUUAUUGGACAAAGAACAAUAGCUUUCAGCAGUAUGAUGCCAGGGUACCGACAUGUAUACCUAGAAGGUAUAGAAGAGGCAUCCAUCUUUGUUCAUGUGGCUAUUAAUGACAUCUGUGGUAAGGUAAGUGCUGUCAGUGCAGUGUAAUAUGAUCUGUGAUGU